AUGAAUCCUUCUACUAAAGCUAAACCAACAACAAUACAAACAGUGUCGACUGCUUCGAUAUCACGAUCAAAUAAUAUUGAUAUUACCAUUCUAUGUAAAUCAUUACAACAAGUACCACAUCAAUUUGAAGAAGAUUCUAUAGGUAUUAAUUUUUUUUCAACAAAUGAUAUAUCUGAUCAAAAAAUUCUUCUUGAACUUGAAUAUAAUGAUAAAAGUCUUUAUGGUUUGAUUACCUAUUGUCGUGAUAAAUAUUCUAAUAAUCAGAAAGAAAUAGAAAAUAUUCAAAAGUUUGAGCAAGAAUAUGGUGAUAAUUCACCUAGAUGGUGGCAUACUUAUGAAUGUUUUCAUUUAUCAUAUGGUUAA